AUGGCAGUCAGUCAGUCGGUGGUUGGCCGCGCCAACGCGGAGAAGCCUCACGGUCUCGUGGGUAUGAUUAAGAACCCCUAUGUCUUUUUGACAUGUUGUUUUGCAUCCCUAGGGUGUAUCAUGUACGGAUACGAUCAGGGAGUGAUGGGUCCUAUCCUUGUCAUGGAGAACUUUGAGAAUCACUUCCCUUAUUUUCAAAGUUCAAUCAUUCAGGGCUGGUUGGUUUCUGCACUGGAGCUCGGUGCUUGGGCCGGCGCUCUCAUCAACGGCGUUCUCGCAGACCGCAUCUCGCGUAAAUACGCCAUGAUGGUUGCUGUCGUUAUCUUUACCCUGGGAACUGGUCUUCAGGCUGGUGCACAGACGCCCGCAUACUUUUUCUCCGGCCGGGUCAUCGGUGGUGUCGGCAUCGGCAUGUUCAGCAUGGUCAUUCCUCUCUACCAGGCUGAAGUUGCUCCCCCGGAGCUGCGUGGAUCGCUCGUGUCUCUGCAGCAGCUUUCGAUCACUAUCGGUACCACCAUCGCCUUCUGGCUCGACUACGGCAUGCAGUACGUUGGUGGCACUACCUGCAAUCCCGAAGGUGUUGCCAACCCUUACAACGGGCCCAAUCAUAGUUAUAAUGCCGCCCAAAACAGUAGCCACACUUGCUUGGGUCAGAAGACCAUUGCCUGGCGCCUUCCUCUGGCCCUCCAGAUUAUCCCUGCCUGGAUCCUGUUCUUCGGCAUGUUCUGGUUCCCCUUCUCCCCCCGUUGGUUGAUGAUGAAGCACCGCGACGACGAGGCCCUCGCUUCCCUUUCCAAGCUUCGCCGCCUUCCCGGUUCAGACCCGCUAGUGCGCGCUGAGUUCCUUGAAAUCAAGGCCGCUGUCAUGUUUGACGAAGAGACUGAGAGGGAGGCUAUUGGAAGCGGUGGCGCCCUGGCCCCAUGGAAGGCUCUGUUUGCGCCGAACAUGUUCAAGCGUCUGAUGAUUGGUUGCUGCACCAUGGUCUUCCAACAAUUCACCGGUAUUAACGCUGUCCUGUACUAUGCGCCUCAGAUUUUCGGCUCCUUUGGCUUUUCGUCGACCAAGAUCACCCUGCUCGCCACCGGUGUGACUGGCAUCCUUCAAAUUCUCUUUACUCUGCCCUCCGUGCUCUACCUUGACAAGUUUGGACGCAAAACCUUCCUGAUCGUCGGUGCUAUUGGCAUGUUCCUGUGCCACAUUGUUGUGGCCAUCGUCGAGGGUCUGUACGAGGAUAAGUGGAACUUGAACGAGGGAUUGGACAAGCCGCAAGGCUGGGUUGCUAUCGCUUUUAUUUGGCUGUUUGCAGUCAACUUUGCCUACUCUUGGGGUCCUGUCGCCUGGGUGUUGACCCAAGAAAUCUUCCCCAACAGUCAACGUUCUCGCGGUGUCGCUAUCGUCGCAUCCACCAACUGGAUGUUCAACUUUAUCAUUGGCCUGACGACCAAAGAUAUGCUCGACUCUAUGAAAUAUGGAACGUAUAUUUUCUUCGCCGUCUUCAGCGGUCUUGGCGGUGCCUUCAUUUGGAAGUUCGCUCCUGAGACCAAGGACAAAACCCUUGAGGAGCUGGACGUUUUCUUUGGCGGUAGUAAGGAGAGCAUUGCCGAAAGUGACCGUCUCCGCAUGGAAAGAAUUAACGAGCAGCUGGGUCUUGCUGGUGUCGAGAACCUGGAGGAUCUGAAUACCGAGAAGCAGAUCACUACUCAGCAGGUUGAGGUCACCACCACCUCCAACGCUUGA